AUGGCAGACAGUGUAAACGAAGUGGACAUUUCCAGCGAAGAAUCUUCCAAUAUCUCAGAUUAUAGCGCCUCAACGGACUCCGAAUCGGUUGAUCUAAGUGGCGAAGAGUUCAAGAGGAUUCUUGUCGGCGGGGCAGUCAAGGGCUAUCAGUUUGGGCCGUAUUCUGGUGGUGAAGACAGCUCUUCUGAAUCGGGCACUGACGAACACAACAGUGAUGAAGAGGAAGAUGCAAACCUGGCUAAAUGGAAGAAACGCAUGCACACUACGUCCUGGUGCGAAUGUAAGAACUGUCUGAAUUCCACAGUGCCAGAGGAAAAUGCCUGCUGCAGGGAGAAGGUGCCAGUGAACAACGUUGUUGACGAGUACGCAGCUGAUUUUGAGGAGAUAGACUGUAUUACUGACCAUCCUGCCUUUCGCUCAAAUUGCCUUGAUGUUUGGUCACUCCAGCUGGCAUACAGACUAUACCACAAGAAAGAGGUGCCAGGGACAAUGAAUCAGAAAUACAGAUACGUCGCCUAUCGGCAAAUGGUACGCUGGGUGUGGAAAAUUCUCGGAGAGGGAAACCGUGUGCCACUGCCAGCCAGUUCAUAA